CGCCAGAAGCGGAGUUUUUGCUGGCAGCUGCUGCUGUUGGUACAGUGGACUGCUGCUGGUGAUGUGGAUGAAAUAACGGUUUGUAGUCGACUUGAGAUGAUGAGCUAAAUUGAUGCUUGGAUUGAAACCAGCGCCGCACAUCAAACAACUGCAGAGGAGAUGAGUCAACUUUGGCGGCGAGACAUACCCCUGUCAGAGAGGUUGGGGAAUGACUCUCCUGUCGGCCUUGCCCCGGGGGCCCCAGCCACUGUGGCUCCACAAGGGUCCAACUCUUCGUGGGUACCAGAAGCCCCAGUGGUCACACCAGAAGAGCCAAUUUUCCUCAUGACCUCCACUGCCCAAACUAUAUCAGGUUUUUUUGUUUGGACAGCUCUUCUGAUCACGUGUCACCAGAUCUACAUGCACCUACGUUACUACAGCUCUCCAAAUGAACAGAGGCACAUAGUGAGGAUCCUCUUCAUAGUCCCCAUCUAUGCCUUUGACUCCUGGCUCAGUCUUCUUUUCUUCACCAAUGAGGAGUAUUAUGUGUACUUUGACACAGUCCGAGACUGCUAUGAAGCCUUUGUCAUCUACAACUUCCUGAGUCUUUGUUAUGAGUAUCUGGGAGGAGAGAGCGCCAUCAUGGCUGAGAUCAGAGGGAAACCUAUUGAGUCGAGCUGCAUGUACGGGACCUGUUGUCUGUGGGGAAAGACCUACUCCAUUGGAUUCCUCAGGUUUUGCAAACAGGCAACUCUCCAGUUCUGUGUGGUGAAACCGCUGAUGGCAGUGAUCACUGUCAUUCUUCAGGCCUUCGGGAAAUACAGAGAUGGAGACUUCAACGUGGCCAGCGGCUAUCUGUAUGUGACCAUUAUCUACAACAUCUCCGUCAGCCUGUCGCUCUACGCUCUCUUCCUCUUCUACUUUGCCACACGUGAACUGCUUGUCCCGUACAGCCCUGUGCUCAAGUUCUUCAUGGUCAAGUCAGUCAUCUUUCUCUCCUUCUGGCAGGGGAUGCUGCUGGCCAUCCUGGAGAAAUGUGGAGCCAUCCCUCAGAUCAGCUCUGCUGACUUCUCUGUGGGCGAGGGAACAGUUGCUGCCGGUUACCAAAACUUUAUUAUCUGCAUUGAGAUGUUCUUCGCUGCUGUUGCUUUGCGGCAUGCCUUCACUUACAAGGUCUACAUGGACAAAAGACUUGACUCAUAUGGCCGCUGUGCCCCAAUGAAGAGCAUUUCCAGCAGCCUGAAGGAGACCAUGAAUCCAGGGGACAUGGUCCAGGAUGCCAUCCAUAACUUCUCCCCGGCUUAUCAGCAGUACACCCAGCAGUCCACACUGGAGCGAAGUGGAGGGCCACCUCUCUCCCGCAGCCACAGUAACCUCAGCACCCGCGGGGACAAUGAAAAGACCCUGCUGCUCAGCUCCGACGACGAGUUCUGAGACUCAAACACACACUCAGAGGCUCACUUUACUCCUGUAGCCCAUAUUUAAUUUUUAUCAGCCAUGUGAGACAAAUCAGAUCUUUUGUCGCUAUCUUAACAGGGAAGAUCAGAUUCUGUUUUUUUUUUCCACAUUUAGACAAUAUAAAGAUCAGAUUUAUGUCAGACUUUUGAAUUGGUGGUUAACAGACUGUAGGAAGGGAUGGAGUGUACAAGGAAAAAGAGGAAAUAAGGGGAUAAAUUUGUGCAGUAGGAAAGGAGGGAGCUUUAAUAGGAUGAAGAGGUUGUUGCAGAUUUAGUUAGGGAGAAGAAUAGUGUUUACACAUUAGGUUCAUUAACUGGUCAAGUUGUGUUGAUGUCAUAGAGGCCAUUACUGAUACAAACACAAUAUCUAUAUUCAUCCACUGAGUAAGAUAUAUAUGCUGCACUUUAACCACCACGGCAAAAAAUAUAUGACACAUAUAAAAUGUAUUCUACUGCAAACAAGUGCCAUCUUCACCUAACUUUCAUGGCCUCCUUCAUGUUUUACUUCAUACUCCUCUUCACCCCUCUGCCAACUCUGCCUCUUACUGAAACAUUGCCAAAUAGAGGGAGCAGUACCCCGUGCUCCAGUUAAUGAGACGCACUGUCUUAAUAUUUGAUUUAUAUUCAAGCAAAACUAAGCAGCCUUUGAAUUGCUGGGCUUUAUUUUAAUAUAUAAGAAUUUAAACACGAAUAAUACUUUUGUUUAAAUGUUGUAUGACCUUGAAGGCAUAACUCAUUUAAAGACAAGUUUGUUGGAAAAUUGUUAUUCCAGAAAUGUUAUAAAUAUUUUGUGUUUGUUUCCAUUUUGUUGUGGGUUCAUAUGAACUAGUGCAUCAAAAGUGUGAUAGUAUAUCUCCAGCUGGUGGCCUGACUGGGGCUUCUCCCACAGUGUUUUUGUUUGUGGAGCAGCUGUAUGAGAGAUUUUAAAGCUGGCAGGGAGACUGAUGGAAGGACAACACCCACACAGAUUACAGAUUACUGAAGAAGCAACACUUCCCUGUAGAGCCGGACCAGCUGUGGUGUGCUGUGGAUUGUAAUCCCAUAAUUAAGGGCAUUGCAUGUAGCACAGAUCAGGCCUGCCUCUGCCGGCACUGUUUAUAAUGGCGGCACUGCUAUAGUAACAGUGAGUGAAGCUGGUUUUUACAGACAGAUAAAGCCGUGCAAAGAUAUGUCAGUGCAAACAAGGUUUUUAAAUCUGACUGGACUCACAUCUGAAUAGGAAUAUCUGGACAUUUAAAAGUUGGUAUGCAAGAUAAUAGGAUGUUCAGGCGCUGUUAGAAAGUGGACAUGUACAGGGACACACUAUAGCACAACAGUGAUGCAUCACAAAUGAAAUGGAAAAAAGACUUAAGUGAGCCAAAACCUGCAGGCAAGGAAAGCCAACCACUGGUGUUCCUUUUAUCUAUUUUCAAAAGAUAAUAGGGACUGUGUUCGAGUUAAUUGUUCAUACUGUUACUAGGUGAUGUUUAAUAUGCCUUUUACCAGCGGCCAGUAUAGACGUUGCUUGUUGUUGUGAUCUUUAAUGUUUGAUGGUGGAGCACAGCAGUAUACAUGCUGAGUAGAUCUGUUGCACAGGUGACAUUAGGCCCAAUGCUGCCUCUAAAUGUGCGCUCAUUGUUUUCCUCUUAUGUCAUGUGCAGAAUGCAAACAGAUUUUUACUGACUGACUCAAGUCUAUUGACUGAAGGUUAACAUACAGUUACUCACAGUCCAGCAAGUAAGUGAUGAGCAUCCUCAACAGUGCACACAACGUACUUUCUAAUGAGAAAAUUGUAUUCAGUUAGCAGUAUAACGAAAGUGUUUGUUUAAUUGUGGAAUUCACCACCAGUGGAUGCCAAAGUUGGUUUGCGGCUGUGACUGCUAACUCAUAUCUCUUUCAACCACCUCCUACACACAAUAAUUAAUGCAUCACUUUUGUAUCCAUCUUUGCACUGAAUCUGUAGUGCUUCAGUUUAAGGCGAGGUUGAGUGAAUUUGUUCUAUUAAUGUUACAUUAACUUAGUGGUAUUGAAAAAGUGAAAUUCACUGCCUAAUACUUUGCCCCUAGGUUAAAGCAUAUCAAGCUCAAGAAUGUUGAUUUAAAACACUAUGAAACGAUAGUUUUAAUGCUGUGUGAUUUUAAAAGCUGGAUGUUAAUUACAAAGCUGAAUAUAUUAAACCAGGAAAUAUUAUACCAGAAAGGAAAGAAUGUUUAAGCAUUGCGAAACAUUCGUGAUGAUGACUGUAAUGGCAUUGCUUUGUAUAGUGCUUUGUUUUAAUAUUUUUGUGUCUUAAUAUUUUAAUUUUCAUAUAUUCUCCUGUUUUAUUUCUGUUGUAUACAUUUCAAUUUGUAUAUUGGUAAUAUGAUCUCAUGUUUUUAUGCUAUAUUGGUUUCUGUUGGUGUUGAAAAGGAAAUAAAAGACAAUAGACAAAUGGA